UCCCACAACGACCUUUGUAGAAGCCCAUUUGGCGCGAUACUUAUGCGAAACCGAAUUUUCCGGACACUUCGAGUAACAAGGACUGGCCGUGAUUGAGGCAAUGGGAUUCCGUCGCGGAGCGCGGGUUCCUACCAGCGACGACGAAGAUGAGACGGCGCUGCUGAUGACGGCGCAGAAAAACUCUUAUGGCGAAGAAAGGAAGCACCAAAGAAAACGCAAAAUGUUGAAGCUUCCGGAUGAGGAUGACGAGGAGAAGGAAAUAGAGGUACGGAAACUGACCGAAGAGAAUGCAAGCAAGGAGAAUAGGAAAGAGCCUGAAUCUCAAUCGGAAGGUGAAGAUGAACAGGAUGAGGCGGAUGCGGAAGCACAACCGCUGGGUGAGGUUAUUAGGGUUUCCGGUAAAGGGAGGGGGAGGAGGAGCCAUUACGCUUCCUUCGAGUACGAUGGUCUACAAUAUGAACUUGAGGAUCCCGUACUUUUAGUUCCUGAGGACGGAAAUAUGAAGCCUUAUGUUGCAAUCAUUAAGGACAUCAUUCAAAACAAAAAAGGGGAUAUAAUGGUUACUGGACAGUGGUUCUAUCGUCCAGAGGAGGCAGAAAAAAAAGGAGGUGGGAAUUGGAAACCACGUGAUACUAGGGAGCUUUUCUAUAGUUUCCAUAGAGAUGAAGUCCCUGCAGAAUCUGUAAUGCACAAGUGUGUGGUGCACUUCAUACCCAGAAAUAAGCAGAUUCCAGGACGCAAACAGCACCCUGGUUUCUUUGUGCAAAAAGUAUAUGAUACUGAGCAGAAGAAACUGUUUAAGUUAACAGAUAAAGACUAUGAAGAAGACAAACAGCACGAGCUCAAUAUUCUUGUUGAGAAGACUCUUUCACGACUUGGAGGCCUUCCUGACCUUGAGCCUGAUCCUGUUGUUGCCGAUCAUGAAGAUGAUAUAAAGAAUAAACGGCUUUCCAGGAAAAAGAACUUUCCACAUUUGGAUGUUUCCAAAGAUGAGGAAGUACUUGAUAGACCUCCCUCACUUAAAGCAGAAACCCCUGGGGGUGUUUGUGCUGGGGCAACUGAAUAUUAUACCAUUCUUUCAAAAUUAAAUCUUUUGACUGGGGAGACGCAGCGUGACAAGUGGUUGGAAAAGCUUCUUCAAUCAGUACAGUUCAUAUGUACUCCUAAGCAGAAUAAUGAGGAAGAGAAGUGUGAAAACAAGAAUAAUGGGUCAAACUGCAAAAAUGAAAUUCAUGAUAAAAGUGCAGAUCACGGCCCGUGCUUUAAAUGGCCAGAUGCAGCUGUUCCAGCAGUUGUUGCUCUUGAGAAAGCUGCUCAUCAAAUGCUGUUGGCUGAUUAUCAGAAGUACAACCAAAAGAUGCGGCAAUUAACCUUUAAUCUGAAGGGGAACACUUUAUUGGCACGACGUCUCCUGAAUCAGGAGUUGGAAUCUGCUCGGAUACUUAAUAUGUUGCCAAAUGAAUUAAAGAGUGGUUUAACAGCCGAGGAAUUAGCUACCAGGGAACCAGAGGAGGCACGCCGUGUGCAGAUGACUGAUGCUCGUUGUAAGAGGUGCAUGAAGAAACAAGUUGGCUUGACAGACAUCAUCCAAACUGGACAUGGUGACCGAUACCAGCUAGAAUGCGUGGCUUGUGGCAACUCUUGGUAUGCCUCUAGAGACGAUGCUGCCACACUAACCAUAGAAGAGCCAAAAUCCAGCAUCCCAGUCAGCACUACUCCACUGACGACCGCCAAGUUUGAAGAUGUAAAAAAUUUAGUGAAUCCCGGGAAACCUGUGAAGGGUCCGGCAGAUGCACUGAAGAUAAAAACUGAAGCACCCAUGCCAGCAGUAGAGACACAAAGACCAUUCCAGAAAACUGAGCCUAAAGAAAGCCCUGAUACCAGUAAGGUCGAAUAGCACAUGCUGUGGCAUUCCAUGCUUGUAAAUAAGCUAGCUGCACCAUAGAACAUAUUCUGGUAAUCCACCCAAUCUUUACAGAUCCCAUAUAACUGAACUGUUUCCUAACUAUUCUUUCUAAAAAAGAAUAAAGGGGGAAAGAUAAAAAGAGUGAUUUUUGGACUUGGUAUGACAUUGCAAUGGAAUAUGCAGGUUUCAUCAA